CAGGAACGCGUUUCAGCUGCGCUUUCGGAGCAUUUUCCAACAUUGAAAUCGGUCACCGGCCACGUUAAUAACGGCAUAAAUAUUAGUGAUAAUGCGAUUUGAAUUCUUCGAAAGAGUGCUCUUGUCACGGAAAUUGUGUUUACUGUGCCUUCUAUGCCAUUUAUAUUUAUGAACGGAACUUCAAAUCCAUUAAAUUAGUAUGUGAUUGGUUGUGAGCCCGGCCAAAAAUAUACAUUUAUCAAUAUAAAAACCAAUAACGAACGAGACUAUUUUCCUACCGAGUGAUGACUUGAAGUGAAAUUUCAAAAUGCCCUACAUCAUAAAGUCCCUCACCAUCAUAAUGACGCUGUUCGCCUUCACCCUGGAAGGAUCCUCCGACCCAGGCCAAAACGACUACAGCAACCCCUACGUUAAGUACACCAACAUCAUCCACCUGAAACAAGGUAUACUCCAAGGCACCGUUGUGGAGCCCAAGCUGGGCAGGAAUGUACGGAAACAGGUGGGCGUGUUCAAGGGUAUCCCCUACGCUGCUCCGCCCGUGGGUGACCUGAGGUUCAUGUACACCAGGGGGGCGCCAUCUUGGUUCGACGUCAAGGUAGCGGACACCUUCGGACCGGUUUGCCCGCAGAAGUUUCCGGAUGAGAAGACCAUGUCGCCGUAUAGGAAGGAGUAUUUCCUGAGGCUGAAGCAGUAUUUGAUGAAUCAGAGCGAGGACUGUUUGUAUCUGAAUAUCUACACCCCUAUCUCUGAAGAUGAAACAAAUACGAGGAAGUAUCCUGUCAUGGUGUUCAUUCAUGGUGAAUCUUUCGAAUGGAAUUCUGGAAAUCCUUAUGACGGAAGCACCUUGGCAGCCUAUGGAAAUGUCAUUGUAGUGACGAUAAAUUUCAGACUUGGAGUAUUAGGUUUUCUGAAAGCUGGCACUGAGACCCAAUCUCAGAGCAACUUCGGUCUGGUUGAUCAGAUUGCUGCUCUGGUAUGGAUCAAGGACAAUAUAGCAGCCUUCAGAGGUGAUAUCAAUUCCAUCACCUUAUUCGGUCAUGGGACUGGAGCCGCCUGUGUCAGCCUCCUUAUGAUCAGUCCGAUGAUCCUGAAAGAAAAUGAACGCCUAUUCCAUCGAGCAAUUCUAAUGGGCGGUACCGCUCUGGCUGAUUGGGCGUUAGCCAACAAUUCCGCCCAAGUGACGUACCAAGUGGCCAUGGCGCUCAACUGUCAAAUACACGAUGACUUCGCGAAGUGUCUGCGUAGAAAGAGGCUGGACGAAAUCAUGGCUGCUGACGUGAUAACGCCCGACUACAAGACGAGAUUUGGGCCUGUCGUAGACUCCAUCGUGGUGCCGAGUGAACCGGAGAAAUCGAUGACCCAGUAUAACGAUUUAUUCAGAAGAUUCGAGCUGAUAUACGGAGUGACCGAACUGGAGAGCGUCCACCUGUUGGGCCCCGUCGCCCUGACGCAAGGCCUGCUCGAAAAGGAGCGCGACCAGCAGCUGCGCGCCUACUUCUACUCCAGGUGCGAGGUGAAACCGGAGCUGUGCCUACAGCGCACCCUGGACGAGUACGGGCAGAGUGAGCUGCCGCAGCGUGACUCUGCUGGCGGCUUCACGGGCGACGAACCGGACAGAGCGUCGCUAGCCAGGAACGCCCUGCUGGACAUCCUGUCUGAUGCCAGGUCUGUCGCGCCUGUAGUGCAGACAGGAAGGUACCACGCCGCGCUCAAUCUGCAGUCGUACUUUUACGUGUUCACGCACCGGACGCAGUCCAAAGAGUACAUAAGAGACAAGAGCUACAACGGGGAAGAGUUGCCUUAUGUGUUCGGGGUGCCAUUGGGUGGGCCGAAACAUCACUUUUCUGACUCGUAUACCGAACAAGAACAGAUGUUUUCUGAGAUCGUAAUGAUGUAUUUCUCGAACUUUGCUGAGACUGGGAAUCCAAAUGUACCUAAGAGACAAUAUUUCUACAGCAUGAAUCCUGCAUACUGGUUACAGUUUGAUGUAGAAUGGCCAGAAUUCGACAUUGAGGAAGAAUGGUAUUUGAAUUUGGGCAUACCACCACAGCCGUCACAACACUACAGGGAUAGCAAAAUAAGAUACUGGAACGAAAUCUUUCCAAAGUUAACAGAAAAUUUCAGCUUUCCAAUAUAUCCAUCAACUCGACCAACAGCAGAAACUCCUGAUUUCCUGAAAUCUCCACGAAAAACGGCUCCGCCUUUUCUCUACGACCAUCUUCCUAAUAUGGCGAUAGCUCCAUCCAAUGACAAAUAUAUGAAUUUCCAUAAGCCAACUAGAGGUAUGUCUAGGGCAGUAUUUGGAACUGUGAUAAAAAGUGGCGAGAGAAAACCUGAUAAUAUGGUGAAAAAUGUAUAUGGAACUAUACUCGAAUCGACACCAGAAGAAGUUAAACAGGCUACUACAAUGAAUAUAGUUACUAUAGUGGGAGCAGUUUUCCUCAUGGUUAACUUAUUACUAUUAGUGACAUUAUAUUUCAAGUGUUACAGAAAUAAGAAGGUAAGUUCGAGAACCGGACAUACAACAAAUACAAAUGGAGAUGAAAAAAGUCGAAGAGACGAUGAAAAUGUUCUCAUCAAUGGAUGUAAUAUAAUGAAAAUGAUGGGUAAAUCAACAAGAAGUGAUGAUACGUACGAAGCUGUCAAGAAUGAUCCGAGGUAUAAAUUGCACAGACAAAUGUCUGGAAGUACAAUUGAUGCACAUACAAAGGUGCGGCAAUGGAUUGCUCAAGAAAUCAUCCAGAAAUAUAGUCCAAGAUUCUUCAGAAGACCUGCACAAGAUGACAGUAACUCAAAAAGUAAGCAAACUAUGCCAGAGGACUUCAAUGUGUCAAUAAAAGUUGAAGGCGAUUCCACACUAGGCCGAAGUCCAACUAGGCCCGUCAGUCCUUGUGAAGAAAAAGCAAUACCAAUGCGAACUUCAACGAUAACUAGGCCAAAAAUGAAAGUUCCUAAAGUUUCAGUAGCUGUUGAUGCUACCCCUUCUGGCAGAGGAAACAGUGUCUUGAUGCAAAAACCGAUAGAACUCACAAAGUCGUUAGACUACCCUAAUACGACUCCUGACAUGGAUACUCCUCUUCGAAGGUCGUUCACCAUGGAAGAUUUUUCUCCUAGAGUGGUGGACUUUCAGAAUGACUUGAGAAAAAGCGCAACUAAUGUGAGCUGUCACAAAUCUAAUUUUCAACCCACUAUCAUUAAGAUAGAGCACUCACACUCUAAAUCGGAUCCUGUUCAGGACUUGGACUAUACUGCUAUGAGAAGACUGAAGACUUUUGACCCAAAUGGAGACAUCAAUGUGACUUGCAGGGAUGAGAAUGAACAAACGGUGCCACUCUCUCCAGAAGAGUCGUUGAAUAUUAUCAAGAGGAGGAAUUUCCCGAAAGUACUACCUGAUCAUCCUGGAAGGGAGAAUUUGGUGAACAAAAGGAGAUCAAUGCCGAUACCAGGCUUCUUCAUGCCCAUACCAGAGGGAUCUUCAUUUUCACAAAAUAAUUCAUCUAUGCCAAAGAGUUUGAAUAAGUUUCCACCAGUUCCUCCACCUAGAAGUAGUACAUUGAUGAAACAAUCCAGUAAUCCACUUCCUGUGUUCAUUUCUGAGCCGACAUUAGCUGAGGAGCCUGAAGAAGAACCUGAAAUAGUCUGCAAUAAUCUAUAUGUGGGACCUCUGAUUCCGAAACGGCGAGACGGUCAUCAGGUUUAUGGGAGCCUGAAAAAUAUGAUAGGUGGCAGUUUGGGAAAAGUAAAGCACGGUGGCCAAAUCAAACAUCCUACUCUCUCUCGAGAAAUGGACGAUGAUAAAUUCAUAAGAAUGAAUUCAAAGUUGAUGCAUCAAAACGUCAUUGAAGUGUGUUCGGAACAAGAAAAGACUGAGUUGGGGGUCCACCAUGAAUUAUGUGAUGUGAACGCUAAACAUAGAGUUGUGAAAAAAUCACAGAUUCCUACACUUGUGAAGACUCCAUCUGCUAGUUUUAAUAAAGAAUCUUCCAGUUCAGAUUCUACACCUUCUGAAGAGUCAGAUACAGGAACUGUAGUGAAACGGAUAUAGAGAGAGUUAUCGCAUCGCAUCUUGUGACAAUGAUCAUUUGUUAUUAUUUGGACAGUAUUCAAGCAACACAAAUCAUGGAAGACGCAUAGACAAUCGACGAUAUAUUCAUUCCGAAAUAGUCGUAUUUAUGCUUCAUCCUAUCCAUAUCAUUAUUCAUUGAUUUAAGGUUCCUAUAUAGGUAAUUUAUUGGGUUUUGUAUGGUGAUUCCGUUCGCACAAUUCAGAAAAGGCUUCUCAAAUUAUUAUAUUGACAUAGUUUCCAGAAGCCACGCUUUCCAGUGAACGGAUCAGAACUUUUUUUUUUGAAGAGUCCUUUUAUAUUCGAUAAUAACUUUUUGAAAAGAAGAAGCUGUAGACAUGUCAUAAAUAUUGAUGGAAUUCAUCAUUACUUCGAUACCAACAGUUUCCAAACGAAAGCUUUGACAUGAGAUUUCUUCCUUGAGGAAAAAAUUUCCAUAACUCAUCCGAGGAAAAAUUAUCAAUGUGGUGAAUGAUUUCUUAUUUGAUUCCUUUACAAGUUACAGGGUAAUGAUAAAUUUCAUUGAAAUGUAUAAAUUGGGAGAUAUGAAUGAUGUCUUCUAGGGAUACUUCAAUAAACGAAGAAUUCGGCAGAACUUUUUUCCAUUUACCCAAUUAGUGGAAUGACAGCUGGAAUCAUCUAGUAUCUUCUUGAUUGAGUUGAAAAAGUGAUAUUCAAAAUUGCCGAUGCCCGAAACACAUUGAUAUUGAAUUUAUUUUUCUUGCAUCAUACUCAUGAGGAUGUUACUUUAUAUACUUACUGGUUUAUCUAUAGGCAAAUGCGAAAGAUUAAUGAUGAUGUGAAGGAAAAAUCAACCGUCAGUAUCUUGGCUGGGCAUUGGCCCCAUAUUCUUUCAAUAUUUUCAUCAUGCGUAGGUACCUAGGAACAAUAAGGAGAGGGGGUAUAAGUGAUGAUUUUUUUUUCAACUUUGGAAGGUUAUAGAUUCUUGAGAAUACUUUUAUUGGGCCAAUAUGUGGACAAUAGCCUGCCAAGAUUCGUGCUACAGGAGUCAGAUACCUAUAUCAUGAGUAAAAUGGAUCCAUUUUACUUUUUAGAGCAAUCCGUCGCCCAUGAAUUUAUUGUUUCAUCAUCAACUUAGGCAUAUCACAUUUUAUUUCUCAUGUUUCUUCAUCACACUUGAAACCUUGCUUGGAAUUGAUAACAGCUAAGCUUGUGGGGUCAGAAAAGACAUAACUCACUUUCUAAAAGAGCAAAACUAUUUUAUUCCAUUUUUUGAAGAUCAUAAAGCAGCACCACCACAGAAUCUAGCGAAUGGAAAGAAGUUGAGGAAAUAAUGGUGAAUUAUCACAUCAAAUGCACUGACUCCGAGUGUCAAAGAAAAUCAUAAAUGACUAAAUAGUUAUACAAUAUUUCUCGCAUUCUUUGAUACAUAUCCCAGUAUUUAUAAUAAUCUAGAAUACUCCUCUAGAAGUUUUGAGGAUCUGAAAUGUUUCCAAUUGGUUUCUAUCAGUAAUCUAGUAUUAUAUCAACUCAAAUUAGUAUUAUGUAUUUAGAUUCAUCAGGAGUGAGUGAUUGGUUCUAUAGAAAAGAAUCAUCACAUCGACUUCAUUGUGCAUCCAGUAUUCAUAAUAAUAUUUAUUACUGUAAUAUAUAGUCACUAUAAUAAUAUAAAGUUUUUA